AUGACUAAUGAGUACCUAUUAACACACAGCCCAGCAAACACGUCUCUUCCUGUGCCCAGAGCGCACGUGUUACCUCAGCUGAAGACAACCACGAGAGACGUGUCCACCUCAGCUGAAGACUUCCCUGUACGAAGAGGCCUCAUCACGACAUUCAAACAUUACUACACAUGUUGCACACUGAGGGCGACUAAUGUAGCACUGGCCGUCUGUGGGGUCUCUGUCAAGGGCUUCUGGUGGGAGUUCAACGUCAGGGCUGCCAUCGAGGACAUCACCGCUGCAUGGGACGAGGUGCAGAACAACACCAUGAAUGCGGAAGACCUGCACCAGGAAAUAGUUGAACUGGCCAAUUCAGCUCGUUUGUCGGCCGAGGGAGAAGAUGCCAUCAACGUGGACAACAUUGCUGAGCUCGUCCAGUCCCACACUGAUGACCUCAGCACAGAGGACUUAGUGGAGCAACAGCAGAAGUUAGCAGCUAGGGAGGAAGUGGAGGAAGAGUCGCCUGUCCCGAAAGUGAUGACACUCGCUGACCUGAUGGCAUUGGUGCAGUCAGGCCUCAAUUUCAUUGACGUGGUGCUGACCAGGGAUGGGAAUACCGACAGGAGCUUCCAGGUCCGGACAGCAGUGCAGGCCUUGCUGCGUCCGUAUGAAGAAUGCCUGCGGCAGAAGAGGGCAAGAGGAAAGCAGACAAACAUAACCAAGUUCUUCACUUCAUCUGUUGCCACCUCCUUGCCACCUCCCUCACCCUCGCCAGAAAUGGCUGCCAAGCACGUCAGGAGUGUCUCCUCAUCACUUACCUUACCUCCCUCAUUUAGCAGCAGCAAGGAGGAUGAGAUGUGA